AUGCGCCGCGGACGGCAAAAGAAGAGCAACAAAGGGUCACCAGCAGCAGAAGUCUUCCGGAAGAGUACCACGCCGGUGGUGGUGAUUUGUCCAUCGGAUUGGCUACCCCACACGGAACGGUUCUGCGAUAAAGCACCCUCGAAAUGGCCCGUCAUGGUGCACAAUCCAGACACGGGAAAAUGGUGGGAUCGAUUGGGCAAAACCUCUCGCAUCCGACACGGCCCUCCCGAAAAGUGUCAUCUUGUGGUGGCGGUGGCGGCUAAUUCAGAGAAUGAUAAUAAUAAUAAUGACCAAGAGAACCAGAGAAAGAUUCAGCAGGCCACCACCAGGCUUGGAGAACGCACCGAAAUUGCCACCAUUGCAAUCCUAUAUCUCACCAAGACCAACGGGGAAGUGCCUUUGCAACGGGAGCUAGAGAAUGCCAUGCCGCCGGAUUGCAUUCGGACCAUUCUCCAGAAAGAAUUGCUGGAUUCCUUCACGGAAAUUCGGAGCCUCUGGGCUUUUCAGGACGAACACGACUCCACGACGAAGGAACCGCUCCUAUUCGAUCAAGUUCCACAAAUUUGUCAGUACUGGUCCGCUCUCAUGUGGAGAUUUAACGGAUUCAGAAUCCAAGAUUUGUAUCAACGUCUACGACAAGUAGGACAGCAAGAAGAAGGAAAAGAAGAAUUCAAAGAAGAUUCCAAGGACAAUGGAACGAGUGAUGCUUUCACUAGCAACCUUAUCCAGAAACACCGCCGUGAUUUAGAGCAAAAGGCCAAGGAACUCCUGGAGGACCCCGACACGGAACGGGUGGCCGAUCUCGUUCUGACCGGUGGUGUCACCAAGGAUGAAAAUCUCUUUGGGCGGAUCCAUACCUGGGCGCUCUCUGCGGCAGCCCAGUUGGGCAAUGCACGGUAUCUCAUGGUCAUCCCCAACAAGAAGCAACCAAUCACAUUGAAUGCCUACGAUUACACGACAGUCACAAAUCAUUGCACUAAUUGCAUCCAGCAACUAAAAUUUGUGGCCGGCACCGAGCGCCCCCACGAUCAAUUCUGCAUUCCCGCUGUGGGCAGUGCAAUCAUGACGGUCAGCAUGAUCCCGUCGCUCUUUCCAUCGGGUAUUGUGGGUGCCGACCAUUUUGACACGGUUCUGGGAUCACGGCGCAUCUGGUCCGAGCAUUUGGCGCUCAAAGCCAGUAUCCUAUAUUCCUUUCAUGGACAACCUGGUUCGCUGUGGGAUAUGUCCAUGGAGGUUGUCAGGGGUGCCCUCCCACGAACGUGGGGGAUUCUCUUGAACGAACCUCCGGACGAAGACUUUCUCCGGGCGCUGUUGCAUCCUGAUGUGGUCGAUGCCGGACGAUUGGUAUUGCGAGCAACCGCCACAGACACAAAUGACUCAGUGCGAGCGGUGCCGUCGCACUUUGAUGUCAUGUCCCGCAUCUUUGCCUUGGGCCGGUUUCUGGAAACAUUGGAUGAUCCCGACAUUCUUGUGACCGACAUGGCCACUCGACGAGCUGUGGCUUCUACCAUGAAGAUAAGGCAAGAGCGGGUGGAGGCUGUGGUGAUUGCCUGCAAACAAGGACGUUUGAGCUUGGAAGCGUGCGAGAACAUCAUGAAGGACACCGCAAAGCCAAAGAGCUCCUCAUCAGAGGGACCGGGUAUGACAUCCAAAGUGACGGAGGUGCUGGGUAUGCUCGCCGUGUUCUUGCAUCGGGACCGGAAGAGCGUCCGAGAUGCUAAUCGCUUUGACCCUUACAGCUUUGAUGACCAAGCAUACACGACAAGCAAGGCUUUGGCCGAUUGUGCCAUGUACUGUGGCAAGAUGAAAUGGCUCGCAGAAGAAGACGACGAAGAGGACGGUAUCUGGACCUGCCAACCCUGUCUUCACAGAUGGCAAAGGCGCGCUGGUCCAAGGCAUGCUCUCCAAACCAGGAAGCUCAUGCACCCAAUGAAGAUGACUCCGUUUACUCGCGAAGAAUACUAUGAUGGCCCAGAAUGGGACAACAUUAUGCAGGCGACGGGCGGUAACAUUUCUUUGCUGGGCGUGGACUUUUACUGGGGGAGAUGCUCCACCGAAGGAUGCGGGCGAGUAUGUCAGGGUGUGGCACGGUCUGGAGCUUGCGCCGAGACGGACGGAGUCCCAAUCGGCGACUUCCCCGAAACGGUGGACGUGCACGAGGAUCAGAUCCAGCUUCGUCGUUCUCUGGAGGCUUUGGGGCCUCUGGGUCCCAACAACACCGUCACUUCUGGCAACUUGGAAAAGUACUUCGAUUCCGAGGAGAAACUCACGUACUUGCCUCCGCCAAUUCGACGACGUGUCCGCAACUGCAUCGACAAGAGCACGUACAUCCUUCCACCAGGGCUGCUAUGUGACAAUUGUGGGGCGGUGCCAGAUGGGGCGAUCGAUGAAUAUUGUCCGUAUUGUGGUACAGGUUUUGAGCCGGUCUUUGCCUGUGUGCACUACAGUUGCCCGCAUUGCAACAAGCACUUUUGUAAGGCAUGCCUCGGCAUUGAAGGGAUACAUUUCCGUGGCGUCUACAACGCAAGGAGUCACGUUUGCUGGAGAGUCCUAGGGAACCGCUAUUCUUACCAUAACAGAGGUUUCUGCGCUCGAUGCAGCAAGGAGAGACCUUGGCCAGAGAGCCAUAAACUCAUAUCAGCAGGUCCUGAAAUCCGUCGAAAGGCGCUCGAUGCCGGUGCUGAAGGAAUGCCUUUGGCGGAGGCGAUAAAGAUGCAAUCAGCGAACCUGCGAGCAUUCACGGAUCGAUACGCUGAAGGCGAGAGAAUCUUUUUGAGCGGCACCCACACGUCCGGUCUUGGACCGAACUACUGCAGCUGCGGGGAAGGUGUCAAUGCCGACGAACAUGGUGACGGCGUUUAG